AUCCGCGCGCUCACACGCGGAGUUUCAGUGAUGGGAGCCGCGCUCCGUGACCGCGCUCAGACUGCGGCUCAGCUGGUGUCAUCUCCACCAGCUCCCUUCACCUUUUCUCUCUCCUUCAGCUUUAAAAGUCUAAAACAGAUGAGAAAAACAUCCAACUUUCCUUGUGGGUCACGUUUGACGUUUCGGAGGACUGGAUUUUCCUGGAUGACAGAGAAGUGAGGCAGCUUUGACAAAAUGCCUUGUGACUGGAAUCAAACUUUUAUACGGAGUUCCUAUGGAAUAUAGUCCGAUUUUACACAAUUUAUAUGUUGUGCCAUCAUCCCACGUAAGGAACAAACUCUUUGUCAUCUGCGUCAUGCUGUCCCUUUGGGUCUAUAUGAUCUAUUGCUGCGUCGGCUACUGCUCCACGGUGCCAAACCUGGCGUACGCGAACAGGCGCGAGGGCGACGCAGACGCAGACAAUAACCGGGGCUCCUCCGCGGGAGCGUCCAGGGACUUACUGAAUGACUUGGACAGCAGAGGAGACGAGUGGGAGGACAUCAGAGGCGAGACCAAGGCGCUGGAUGAUAAUGCCAUGUCAGGUUUCUUCAAUGAGACGGAGAGUAAAAAGUUGCCGCAGGCGAUCAUCAUCGGGGUGAAGAAGGGGGGGACCCGCGCGCUGCUGGAGUUCCUGCGGCUGCACCCGGACGUGCGGGCGGUGGGAGCGGAGCCGCACUUCUUCGACCGCAACUACGACAAGGGGCUGGAGUGGUACAGGGAUCUGAUGCCUAAAUCCUCCGAGGGCCAGCUUACCAUGGAGAAGACGCCGAGCUACUACGUCACGAGGGAGGUCCCCGCGCGAAUCUACUGCAUGUCCAAAGACACCAAGCUGAUUGUAGUCGUCCGGGAUCCCGUCACACGGGCCAUCUCCGACUACACUCAGACCCGCUCCAAGAAGCCGGACAUCCCAUCUUUUGAGAGCCUCACUUUUAAGAACAUGUCAGCGGGUCUGAUCGACACCACGUGGAGCGCCGUUCAGAUCGGCAUGUACGCCAAGCACCUGGAGCGCUGGCUCCAGUUCUUCCCUGCGGAGCAGCUGCUGUUUGUCAGUGGAGAGCGCCUCAUUACCGACCCCGCAGGUGAGAUGGCUCGCGUCCAGGACUUUCUCGGACUCAGGAGGGUCAUCACAGAGAAAUAUUUCCACUUUAACCCAGCGAAAGGCUUUCCCUGCCUGAAGAGGCCUGAGGGGAACAGCAAGCCACACUGUCUGGGCAAAACCAAAGGCAGGACUCAUCCUAAUAUCGACCCAGAGGUGGUGCAGAGGCUAAGGGACUUUUAUAAACCGUUUAAUAGAAAAUUUUACAAGAUGACUGGUUAUGACUUCGGCUGGGACUCAGAGGAAUAAAGAUUACUCCUGUUUCUUAUAUUUGUAUUAUCAGGACUUAUUGUAUACUGUCUAUGUAUAGUAUUUGUUUGUAAAAAAUGCAGAAUUCUAUUUUAUGAUAAUUUAUUGUUAUGAUAUUGAGCCUUUGAAAUGUAUUAUUUGUUUUAGUUUAGAUGUCACACAUUUUUCUAAAAGCACAGUCUGUUUUGAAUAUUUUGUGACCAGAGCUGGAAUCUUUUUCUUUUUUUACAUUAUAUUUUUUUUCUUCCUUUAGUUUCACCUUAAGAUAAUUAGGAUUUAGCCCUACAACAAACUGGUAAUCCCUCCUUAGCAUUUGCCUGACCCCCGGAGGACUGGGCACCCACUUAGGCAGGUCGAUGGAGACCUCGUCUGAUGCUGUGCAACUUGCCAGGUGAAUCAAUACAGUAAUAGGUCCCCAUCAUGUCAAUUAAGACUGAGCGAUGGUUUCUCCUUAAUCUCUCAGGCUUCUCAAUAAAACUUAAUCAAUCUGUGACAUUAAGUUCACGGGUGACCCUUUAGUCGAAUUCAUGACUACUCAAGAAUAGUGGAGUUUUUUGCCACAUUUUUAUACUCUGGAUCAAAGAGGGAGUUCAAUUCCAAUUCUGAUUGGGAUGCUUUCAAUAGAGAUCACUGAGCCAAUUCUCUGGCUUCAUAACCCAUCUGCAGAACAUGUUUGUGUGAAAGUUUUGUGCAGGUUUAGGUGAAAUUAUCAGGACCUGUCUUUUUCUAACUUCAGUGGCACCUAAAGAGAAAUAAAAUGGUCUUUCCUCCA